GCGCCGCGGCGGGGGCGGCAGAGCGCCAUGGCGGCCGCUGUGAUUACGGCAGCCGGUGCCCGCGCCGCGGCGAGCUGAGGGGGCGCCUCUCCGCCACAGCUGAGGAGGCCACGGCCGCCUGCCCGCCCUCCAGGCGGGCCGCCGCUGCGGCAUGGCCGGGAUCAUUAAGAAGCAGAUCUUGAAGCACCUGUCCCGGUUCACUAAGAAUCUUUCCCCGGACAAGAUCAACUUGAGCACCCUGAAAGGGGAGGGUCAGUUGACCAACCUGGAGCUGGAUGAAGAGGUUCUGCAGAAUGUGCUGGAACUGCCCACCUGGCUAGCCAUUACCAGAGUCUACUGCAACAGGGCCUCCAUCCGGAUCCAGUGGACCAAGUUGAAGACACAUCCGAUUUGCUUGUGUCUAGAUAAGGUGGAGGUGGAGAUGAAAACCUGUGAAGAUCCUCGCCCCCCCAAUGGACAGUCUCCCAUUGCCCUUGCUUCAGGACAGAGUGAGUAUGGCUUUGCUGAGAAGGUGGUGGAGGGGAUGUUCAUCAUCGUCAAUUCCAUCACCAUCAAGAUCCACUCCAAGGCUUUCCAUGCUUCUUUUGAGUUGUGGCAGCUCCAGGGCUAUAGUGUCAACCCCAAUUGGCAGCAGAGUGACCUGCGUCUGACCCGCAUCACUGAUCCCCGUCGAGGAGAGGUUUUAACAUUUAAGGAAAUAACUUGGCAGACACUUCGAAUUGAGGCAGAUGCCACGGAUAAUGGUGAUCAGGACCUAGUUACCACUCCACUGAGGCUCAUUACCAACCAAGGCCGGAUCCAAAUAGCCCUCAAGAGAAGAACCAAAGAUUGUAAUGUGGUGGCCUCCAAGUUGACGUUCCUGCUGGAUGACCUGCUCUGGGUGCUGACUGACUCACAGCUCAAGGCAAUGAUGAAGUAUGCUGAGUCGCUGAGUGAGGCCAUGGAGAAGUCAGCCCAGCAGAGAAAGAGCCUGGCUCCUGAGCCUGUGCAGAUCACUCCGCCUGCUCCCAGUGCCCAGCAGACCUGGGCCCAGGCAUUCGGUGGCAGCCAGGGCAACAGCAGCAGCAGCAGUAGCCGCCUCAGCCAGUACUUUGAGAAGUUUGAUGUGAAGGAGUCUUCCUACCAUCUCCUCAUCUCCCGCCUGGACCUGCACAUCUGUGAUGACAGCCAGUCCCGGGAGCCAGGUGUCUCUGCAAACAGACUCACAGGUGGUGCCAUGCAGCUUACCUUCCGCAAGAUGGCAUUUGACUACUAUCCCUUCCACUGGGCAGGUGACAGCUGUAAACAUUGGGUGCGGCACUGUGAGGCCAUGGAGACCCGAAGCCACUGGGCCCAGAAACUGGUGAUGGAGUUUCAGAGUAAGAUGGAGAAGUGGCAUGAGGAGAGCAGUGUGAAGCCGCCAUGGCACCUGGGUGUGGACUCUGCCUUCAGGAAGAAAGCAGAUUCUUUCUCUAGCCCUGGAAAGAGCCCUCUUGACAAAAGCCCUGCUCAGGGCUGGCAGGCUGCCUUUGGGCCUCCAGCAUGGAAUCGUUUACGCUCUAGCUGCCUGGUUGUACGAGUGGAUGACCUGGACAUCCACCAGGUUUCUACAGCAGGACAACCAAGUAAGAAGCCAUCCACUCUGCUCUCCUGCAGCCGCAAACGCCACCACCUCCCGACUCAGGUGGCUGCCAUCCAUGUACAGUUCACAGAGUAUUACUUCCCAGAUAAUCAGGAGCUUCCAGUCCCCUGUCCUAAUCUCUACAUCCAGUUAAAUGGUCUGACAUUUACCGUGGAUCCCGUCAGCUUGCUUUGGGGAAACCUCUUUUGCCUAGAUUUAUACCGCAGCUUGGAGCAGUUCAAAGCUAUCUAUAAGCUGGAAGAUUCAAGGCAAAAAGAUGAGCACUUGGACAUUCGACUGGAUGCAUUCUGGUUGAAGGUGAGCUUCCCGCUGGAGAAGAGAGAGCAGGCGAAGCUGCAUCGUCCCCAGGCACUCGUCUUCUCCACCUCAGGCAUGGUCGCCACCAAUACUCGGCAUGCCCCCCACUGCAGUUGUCCAGACCUCCAGAGUCUCUUCCGGGGCUUUGCUGCUGCUGAGUUCUUUCGUUCUAGUUAUUGUCACUUUCCUAAGGUUCCAGGGGGCUUCAGCCUUCUGCACAUGCUCUUCCUGCAUCAUGCUUUCCAGAUGGAUUCCCUCCCAGCUCAGCCUAGCUCCCUCCCUCCUCAGAGGCCUGCAGCCUCCCAGGAUCUUUGGUCUCUGCACUUCACCGAGAUCUCCUUGGACUUUGAAGGCACAGAGAACUUCAAAGGCCAUAGCUUGAAUUUUGUGGCCCCCUUCCCCUUGUCCAUUUGGGUCUGCCUUCCUCUCCGCUGGCAGCAAGCCCAGGCACGGAGGCUGCUUUUGGCCUCCGAGGGAAGGCUAAAACCAUCAGCCAGCUUUGGCAGUCCUGUGCAUUCUGAAGCUCUUGCCCCUGAGCCUGUGCCCCAUCAGAGGUCGAAGACCGAACGAGACUUGAAAAGCCUGUCAGGCUUUACUGAAACCCCAGAGGUUACGAGAGAAGGUGAUGCUGGUGUGGACCACAGAGGGCACGUGGCCGAGCUGGAGGGUGUGGCAGAUGUUCACAUGCUUGUGCACUCCCCUGCCCACGUCCGAGUGAGGCUCGACCACUACCAGUACUUGGCUCUGCUUCGCCUCAAGGAAGUGCUUCAGGGGCUUCAGGAGCAGCUGGCCAAGGACACAGAGGCCAUGACUGGGUCUCCCCUGCAGGACCAGACAGCUUGUGUUGGUGUCCUCUUUCCCAGUGCUGAGGUGGCUCUCCUCAUGCAUCCUACCCCUGUGACUGCUGAAGCCGACUCUGCAGCCUCAGAUACCACCAGCCUCAUCGACUCAGAGCUGUCUCCAUCGGAGGAUCGGGAGCUGAAGUCUGAUGCCUCCUCAGACCAGGGCCCAGUAAGCCCUGAGAAAGUCCCGAAGGUCAGCAGCAUUGCAAAUCUGGAUGCAUCCCAGGAAAGGCUGCAUGAUGAUGGCGCGCCGCAGGACUUUGGUUCACCUGCACACCAGUCAGCCGGGAAGAGCCAGGAGGCAGUUGAGUCUCUGCAGGCCAAGAAGCUGAGCAGAGCUCAGACUGUCAGCUCACCGGCUGUGUUGAAGGACCCAGCUGAUCGGGAUGCUGCGAUGAACGGACGAGGGGAACCCAUACCCUCGAGGAACAUUGAGGGGGAAUUGUCCAGUGCUAUUCACAUGACCAAGGAUGCCACAAAAGAGGCUCUCCAUGCCACCAUGGACCUCACCAAGGAGGCUGUGUCCUUGACUAGGGAUGCCUUCAGUUUGGGUAGAGAUCGAAUGACCUCCACCAUGCACAAGAUGUUGUCCCUGCCUCCCACCAAGGAAGCCAUGGCCAAGACAGAUGAGGGGGUAGCAGCCCCAGUGAGUGGAGGUGCUGCCCGGCUCCGAUUUUUCUCCAUGAAGAGGACAGUCUCUCAGCAGUCAUUUGAUGGUGUCUCAGUGGACAGCAGUGGCCCUGAAGACCGGAUUUCAGUAGACAGCGAUGGCAGUGAUAGCUUUGUGAUGCUCUUGGAGUCCGAAUCUGGUCCAGAGUCUGUCCCACCAGCGCCUGUGACAAGUGUCUUGGAUGACAGUGGUGUUCAAGGGAUCCCUGUUCUGGAUAAUUGUGGCCAGGGGUUGCCAGAGACCAACAGCUCAGUGUCAGCUAGUGGUGACCUCGACCUUCACUCGGUGUCAGUUUUGGUCCUGAAGGUGAAUGAAGUGUCAUUUGGGAUUGAAGUUCGGGGUGAGGACCUGACAGUAGCCUUGCAAGCAGAAGAGCUGGCCCUGCAACAGUUGGGCACUGUGGGGCUCUGGCAGUUCUUACGUGGACAGUGCCCAGGUACAAGCUUCCAGGAAUCCUCAAAUCUGAAGACUGGCCACAUCAGGCCUGCUGUAGGUCUGCGCUUUGAGGUGGGGCCUGGUGCAUCUGUUCAUUCUCCACUGGCCACACAAAAUGGCUUCCUACGGUUCUUACUUCGGGGCUGUGACCUGGAGCUGUUCACCUCAGUGCUCAAUGGUCUGGGGCCUUUCUUGGAGGAUGAGGAAGUCCCAGUGGUAGUCCCGAUGCAGAUUGAGCUCCUGAACUCCAGUAUUACCCUCAAGGAUGAUAUCCCUCCUAUCUAUCCAACGUCCCCUGGCCCUGUCCCCAUCACUUUGGCGGUGGAGCAUCUUGUGCUGAAGCGGAGUGACGAUGGUGUGUUUCACCUUGGCGCUCCUGCUCAGGACACACCAUUGGCUGAAGUACCUGAGAAGCAGCAAGUCCCAAAAGAACAGGUGCUCCUGGUGCCCGAAGGACAGGGUUUGGGACUGCAGGAGAAAGAAUUACCUACCCUACAGCAAGAACUGAUGGACACCAAACAAGCACUGGCCAAUGCCAACCAGGACAAAGAAAAACUUCUCCAGGAGAUUAGGAAAUACAACCCUCUCUUUGAGCUCUGACAGCAGCUCAGCCAUCUGUGCCAAGGAGAGAAGAUAUCACCAGCAACAGCACCACCUAGGACAGAGGUGCCGAGGAGCCAGCAGGGCCGGGGGCACCCAGGUCACUCUCUGUGUGUUUCCUGCUGGCAGCUAGCCUGGUGGAGGACAAGGAGAGCAUGGCUGCAUCCAGGAACUGGGAUAGCUAUGUACCUGGCCCUGCACCUUAUCUUGCCAUUAUGUAGCCUUGUAGCCCUCUGCAUACUAGAGGAAUCGUCUCUACACUGUAGAGCAUUUCACCUCCUGGUUUGAUGGCAGUGGUGUUUGCUUCUUUAUGGCCUGUGUGAACAAGUGUCCACCUGAGUCAUGCACACAGCCAAGAUCCCAUGACCCAGUGCUUCCGAUGGCAUACCUGAAGUCCUUGGCCUGAGUUUUGGAGUAGAUCAGGAAAUAGCCCAGCCUUGGGUUAGGGCAGAGGAGGCCUGAGGUCAGGGAACCAUGGACUGUCUAUCCUGGAACAGGGGCUAGGCUCAUACCAUCUUGGCCAAUAGCCUUGGGUCUCGUUUCUUUUCUGUUGAAUUUCUUCAUUGUGAUGCUUUGACUGUGACUCAGCCAGAUUGUCUUUUCUGGCACAGUAAUUGGUUUGAGAUUUAAAUCAAGAGAAAUAGUGGUUGGCUGAGAGCAUGAGGCAGGGGUAUAGUUCUGCCUGUUUCUACAGCUGUACCUGACUAUCUUCUUUCUAUACUAGGAGUCCCUGGGCUCCUGCUUUCCCAGCACUAUGUCUUUCUGCCUUUGCUAACUUCAGCACUUGGUAGUUUGGGAGAUAAACAUGUGCUCUAAACUUAGUUGUAAACACCUCAGUAUGCUGCCUCACUCCCUGUUACUAUGGCUUUUUAAAAUCAUGUGAUUUCAACUUAAGUAAAUCUAGCUAGGCUUCCUCCUGUCCCUGUGAAAGAGCACAGCUCUGUGCUGUCUCCAAGUAGUGCUGGCCAAACAGAAGCAUCACUAACUCACCUACAGGACGAGAUGGUUGGUUGUGAGCCAGGUGAUGCCUGUGGCUGGGGGGAGGGAAGGAAAAGCACCACCCUGUGUUUUGAGGGUAAAUGAAAAAUAUUUAUGAAAGAAGGAGGUUGCAUUUGUUCAAACUUGCAGGACUCAGUCAUGUUCUUCACUAAGGCAAAUUUUCAAACACCAGUUCUUACAGGAUUGUGUUUUGUUACACUGAGGAGAUACAUUACACACUUGGGAACACCAUCUGGAGACACUGUUAGCAGGUGAAGUUCCCUUGUUUCAGAUUUUUUUAAAUGACCUAGAACUUUAAAUGCAGUUAAAUGUUGCUGCUUCUAGACAAUGAAAAGCAGGCCAGAAGAGAGAAACACAGCCAUAGAAAAGUCACAGUGAGCAGGGUUGUGAAUACCAAACAUGACUGGGGGUGAAGUUCAGCACAGGGAAGGCCUGGGAUGUGGCU